AUGGCCACCAAGUUUCGCUGUCCCAGGACCCGGAGGAAGGCCCGGGAAGGGAGCCUGGACAUCAGCCGCAAGGUAAAUGCCAUCCCCUUGUCCAAGACCCUGAGACCUUCCACUCUCUGCCCUUUGGCCCCAUCCCUCCUGAGGUUGGUUGCUCCUGGGAACUUCCAAAGUAGGGAAGGAGCAGAAUUGGAAGGUCCCUUCAGACAUUUUUUCACCGGGGCUAGUGAGGUCCUUAGUCGAAUGGGUAGUCAAAGGCUACCUACCCUCUCUGAAUUCUCUCCUCCUCUUCUAUGUGUUUACUCCCCUCUGACUAAAAAUAUCAUCGAAAAGUGUUCAGGUUCUAAUUUUUCCCUAUCUCUGUCAGAGACGUUAUUGUUAUUGACUGCAAAUGUCUCAGUAUUUUUGCUCAGUGGAAUGUGGCUUGACAGAUUAAUUAUAUGUUAUCAGGCAGUUGAAGAUCAACUAAAGAUACGUGGUCACAAGAGGGAUGCUGAUGUAUUUGAGCUAUUCCUUUCUCAAAAGGACCUGUCAGAAGUCAUUGAUCUUUCUAGGUUUAAAUAUUUGAAAUAUUUAUGGCUGCAUCAUAACAAGCUCCAUGGAAUAGCAUUUCUUACUAAAAACUAUUGUCUGACAGAACUAUAUUUAAACAACAAUGCAAUAUUUGAGAUAGAAGGUUUGCGCUAUUUGCCUUCAUUGCACAUACUCCUGCUACACCACAAUGAGCUAACAAACAUUGAUGCAACUGUAAAAGAAUUGAAGAGAAUGAUGAAUCUGAAGACCUUAAGUCUUUUUCAAAACCCUUUGUGCCAAUAUAACUUAUACCGUUUAUUUGUCAUCUACCAUCUUCCAAGAGUAGAGCUGCUUGAUCAACAAGCUGUUACAGAAAAAGAAAGAAAAGCAACCAUCGCUAUUUUCAACCAUAGAAAGGCACAUGCUAUUCAAUCAAUUGCUUUCAAUACAAGAGUAGAUGCUUCAUGGAAUUCUCAGCCAUCAUUUAAGCAAAAGACAGCCCGCAGUGUGCCUUUAGAUUUUACAUUUGGAAAUAAUGUAGACAAGACUUUGUUUGAUAACCCAGAAGAUGCUGUUUUUGUAAGGUCCCUCAAAAGAACAAUCAUGACUUUUACAUCUAUGGACUGGGACACAGUGCCAACAUCAGAGGAGAAGUACGAAGCAGAAAAUGAAACGAAACCUUCGCAAAUCCUCACAGUUACACUGAGAUAA